GUUAGCCUCACACGGUGACAAAAGCGCACUGUCGAGACCGGACAAAAUGGCAUUCAAAUUUCUUGCAGUUUGUACUCUGUUUGCCAUAGCCAACGCUGGCUUGCAGCAACCAAUAAGCCCGAUCUAUCAUGCAGCACCGAUCAAUUUCGCCCAACCUGCUCUCUUCAAACCAGCGGCACAGCGCACGACAUAUGCACAACCUUCCCUGAUAAAACCAGCGCUGAGCUCGUACGUUCAGCCAGCUUUUGUGAAGAGCUACGAACAGCCAGCACUCGUAAAGAAUUACGUCCAGCCAGCUGUAAUAAAGAGCUACGCACAGCCAACCUACGUUAAACAGGUGGUAGAGGAGGCACCUGCCAACUAUGAGUUCUCCUACUCCGUGCAUGAUGCGCACACCGGAGAUGUUAAGAGCCAGCACGAAACUCGCCAUGGUGAUCAGGUGCAAGGUCAGUACAGUCUGCUGGAUGCCGAUGGUCAUGAGCGCAUCGUUGACUACACCGCUGACGAUCACAAUGGCUUCAACGCGGUCGUUCGUCGUGAACCGGCAAAUGUGAAAAUAACGCAACCUAUCCAGAAGGUUCUUGCACAGCCGGCCUACGCUGGUCACUAUUGAAGGCAGAGAUUUUGAAAUAUUAUUAAAUAAUUGUUUAAUACAUUUAUAGUUCAAAUUAUCAAAACAAUUCUGACAAUGUGCGAAUGAUGCCAUAGCAACACUUCGUUUUAUUUCAUUUUGCAUUUUAGUUUUUUUGUUUUAUACACAUAAAAUUGUCAUUAACAAGGUGCCAAUAACAAACUCAUGCCAACAGUUACAACUUAUUAACAAUACGGAACAGUUUGCUCUUAAACAUUGCAUCGUUUGCUAAAUGGCAACUGGCUCCUCGAAUGUUCUAGCAAACAUCUCCCCCUCAUCAUUCUUUAAUCGCACCGGUUGUGUUUCUAUCUUAUCGUUUCUGAACCACACCCGGUAGAAAAGAGAAACUAGAGCGUGAAAGAGCAUAUUUUGCUGUGAAGAUUGUUUCUAUGGGAUCGAAUGGCACGCUCAGUAGCGCUCGGUUGCUAG